CAUUCCACGCCACAAAGGGGACCCAUUAAAAGACAAUUCUGGGUUACUGUGCCUUUCACCUUCGCUUCAUUUCAAACCGUUUGCAGACCAGAAAACUGAUAUCGAGACAGUAAUGAUGAGAUCAGGCUGCCUUUGCCUUUCCUCUUUGCCUUAGAAAUUUCUUAACUUACAAAUCUCUAUCUCUCUCUCUUCCCUAUUGCUUCUAUCCCCUCUAUAUAUCUCCCUGCUUUACCCCAUCUCUUCAACAAAGCCCCCCCCCCUCUCUCUCUCUCUCUAGCUAAGACAAGUCUCUGUCUUCAACCUCAUCAUCCAUUCUGCUGGUUUUAUGAAUGGAUCAUUCAAGUGGAAAACACCAAGAAACAACUCAAGCCCAGCCAUUGGAGAAUAUGUUGGCUAUCACAUGUCCAAAAGUACAGCAAGAAAACAGAAAGCCAAUGAGGCCACAACCAGAGCAAGCUCUGAGAUGCCCAAGAUGUGAUUCAACUAAUACCAAGUUCUGUUACUACAAUAACUAUAGUCUUUCUCAGCCAAGAUACUUUUGUAAGUCCUGUAGAAGGUAUUGGACUAAAGGGGGUACUCUAAGAAAUGUUCCUGUGGGUGGUGGCUGUAGGAAGAACAAAAGACCAUCACCUUCUACUUCAUCUUCUUUAUCUCCUUCUUCGAAGAGAUCGCAUGAUCAAGCUGGCAAUUCUAGCCGUUUAAUGCUCACUGAUACCCAUCUUCCAUCUUUAGCCUUCGAGUCUACUGAUCUAAGUUUGGCAUUUGCUAAGCUCCAACAUCAAUCAAAUGGGCAGAUGGGUUUUUUUGAUACAACUCACAACAACUUUCAGAAUUUGUACUCUGGGUUUGGAACUGGGAGCUCUGGGGAGGUUGAAAAUGGUGGAUUUCCUCAUUUUGAACAUUAUAACAGCAGUGGUGUUGCAUCUACAGCCACUGCUACAGCAAUGAAGCAAGAGUUGGUUGGCAAUGGAGAUCAAAAUAAUAUGGUUCUGUUGGGAUUUCCUUGGCAAUUCAACAAUAAUGGAGAUGGAAAUUACGUGGGUGAGCUUGAUGCUGGAAGAGAGAGCUGGAAUUUUAAUGGAAAUGGAAUAGCUUCAUCUUGGCAUGGACUUGUCAACAGCCCUCUAAUGUAAGGACUUGGAGUGGAUUUAUGGUUUUUGACAGAGAACUAAACAAAGUACUUGAAUUUCCCUGUAAUAUUUUGAUCAUACCAAAACUAUGAUCUAGUUAUCAGUGUUCUGGUUAGAGAAAGCAAAGUCAAACUUAGAUAAGCUCUUUUUUCACUUGUUUAUCUGUUCAUUCUAAUGUGAAUUUUUGGAGAUCUUGAUUACCUGAUAAGUCAAGAACAUUUCAAACUUUUCUAA